AUUUCGACCUAGGCGAACAAUAACCGUCAGAUUUAGAUCAACGGUAAAUAUGACGUGUGCACUCAUAUCUAACAUAUGCAACGCUACAUCCACCCACUCUUGGGCUCCUUCCUCCUCCGUCUCCGCAACCGCCCGGAGCUGCUCGACCACAAACCCUAGCUCUUGCCAAAACGCAUCCGUUUCGUUUCCUCGCCGUUCGUGCUUUUCUGCGAUUCUUCAACUCGAUCAGGAGCACUGAAAUUAUUGACGGGCUUUAUUAGCGCCAUACAUAUUCUUCGUUGAUUAAAGCAUGCAACUUUUGCUACAUACAAAUGAUAAACAUGGGAGAAGGAAGUGACCAUCAAGCUAUGGCGGAUGAUGGGAAUGUUGAACAUAUUGGAGUUGGAGUUAAUAAGGCUGAAAACAACUCUGGCUCUCAUGUCGAGGUUGGGGUUUCUGAGCCAUAUGUGGGUAGGGAGUUUGAUUCUGAAAAUGCUGCAAAGACUUUCUACAAUGAAUAUGCCAGACGAGUGGGUUUCAGCUGCAAAGCUGGUGCAAAGGGUCGUUCCAAAGCAGAUGGGGAGAAUAUGUACUGCGAAUUUGUCUGUGGCAGGGAGGAUUUGAAAAGAAAGCUUGCUGACAGUUGCAAUGCAAUGAUUAGGAUCGAGAAGAAGAGCCAAAAUAAGUGGGUUAUUACACAAUUUGUAAAGGAGCAUAGCCAUUCGAUGGCAAACCUUAGUAAGGUGCAGAGUAUUAGGCCUCGCAAGCACUUUUCUAGUGUGGGAAGAACCAUGCCUGAAACUUACCAAGGAGUGGGGCUUGUUCCAAGCGGUGUGAUGUAUGUAUCUAUGGAUAAAAAUGGCAUUCCUACUAAGAAUAUUCACGGGAUUAGGAAUAUUCCUGCUGUUGCUACUAUUGCUGAAACAGUUCACCCGGUUAAAAGUCCGUCAAUGAUGAAUUAUGCUGUUAGGCCACCUAUUCAAAGGAGGACAUUAGGGAGGGAUGCUCACAACCUGCUGGAGUACUUUAAGAAAAUGCAAGCUGAGAACCCUGGUUUCUUCUAUGCAAUACAACUUGAUGAUGAUAAUCACAUGUCUAAUGUGUUUUGGGCAGAUGCGAGAUCAAGGACUGCUUAUGGUCAUUUUGGUGAUACGGUUACUAUGGACACAACUUACAGAAUAAAUCAAUAUAGAGUGCCCUUUGCUCUGUUCACCGGGGUAAACCAUCAUGGUCAGAUGAUUUUGUUUGGUUGUGCACUCCUCUUGGAUGAUUCUGAGGCUUCUUUUAUCUGGCUCUUCAAGACAUUUUUGACAGCAAUGAAUGACCGUUACCCUGUCUCUAUCACUACUGAUCAAGACAGAGCUAUACAAACAGCAAUUUCACAAGUUUUUCCUCGAACACGGCACUGUAUAAGCAAAUGGCAUGUCUUGCGAGAAGGCCAUGAGAAGUUGGCCUAUGUAUGCAACAUGCAUCCAAAUUUUCAGAUUGAACUAUAUAAUUGUAUUAAUCUAACAGAAACGGUUGAGGAGUUUGAUUCAUCGUGGAAUUUUAUCAUGAAUAAAUAUGAUCUCACAAAAAAUGAUUGGCUUCAGUCAUUGUACAAUGCUCGUGCACAAUGGGUUCCAGCAUAUUUCCGUGAUUCAUUUUUUGCAGUAAUAUCUCCUAAUCACGGAAUUGAUAGUUCUUUUUUUUAUGGUUUUGCCAACCAUCAGGCGACAUUGCCAAUGUUCUUUAGGCAGUACGAACAAGCUUUAGAGAGCUGGUUUGAAAAAGAAUUAGAAACAGAUUAUGAGACAAUUUGCACCACCCCUGUCCCGAGGACACCUUCCCCAAUGGAGAAGCAGGCUGCUAAUCUCUAUACUCGGAGAAUAUUUUCAAAGUUUCAAGAAGAGCUAGUGGAAACCUUUGCUUAUACAGCCAACAGAAUUGAAGAAGAUGGAGAAAGUAGCAUAUUCAGGGUUGCAAAAUUUGACGAUGACCAAAAGGCUUAUGUUGUCACAUUAAACCUUUCUGAGUUGAGAGCUAACUGUAGUUGCCAAAUGUUUGAGUAUUCAGGCAUUCUAUGUAGACAUGUUCUAACUGUUUUUACUGUGACUAAUGUACUUACAUUGCCAUCUCAUUAUAUUUUAAAACGGUGGACAAGAAAUGCAAAAGUCAGUGCUGGGUCAGUUGAAGAUGCUGGUGAAUUGCAUGUACAUGAGUCUUUGGCAUCGCGAUAUAGCAAUCUUUGUUGGGAAGCCAUUAAAUAUGCUGAAGAAGGGGCAAUGACUGUAGAAACACAUGAUACUGCAAUUGGUGCUCUUCGAGAAAGUGCAAAGAAGAUUUCUUUCAUGAAAAGAAGUUUGGCCAAAGUUUCCCCACCCAGUCAUCCCGUCAGUGGGGCUGCUUAUGAUGACAGAAAAUCCCCUACUUCAACAGCAGAUACAAACCCUCUUCUGUGGCCACAGCAGGAUGAAAUAACGAAGAGGUUUAAUCUUAAUGAUGCUAGUACUCCUGUUCAAUCAGUUGCUGAUCUAAAUUUACCACGGAUGACCCCAGUGUCUCUUCAGCGAGAUGACGGUACACCUGAAAACAUGGUGGUUUAUCCCUGUCUGAAAUCAUUGACAUGGGUAAUGGAGAACAAGACCUCAACACCAGGGAAUAGAGUGGCUGUUAUCAAUCUUAAGUUGCAAGAUUAUAGCAGGAAUCCAUCAACAGAAUCGGAAGUUAAGUUUAAUCUCUCAAAAGUUACUUUGGAACCGUUGUUUAACCAUAUGGUCAACAUCAGAGAUCAACUUUCUGCACCAACUAGGAAGUUUGCUGUAUUAAAUUUAAAGCUUCCAGUUGCCGAUACAAAUACCGGUGUGUGUGAAGUCAAGUUUCAGGUGUCCAAGGAAACAUUAGUUGCUGUACUACGAUCAAUGGACUAUAUACGUGAGCAACUAUCGGUUCCUGGCGAUGCACAAACAGAAGCUGCUAUAUUGAAAAGACCUCGGAAGUGAAGCAGCGAAUUUUUGUUUCAUACCCAGAUAGGUUGGUGACUAUUAAUCUUGAUGGCCACAUUGUGAACAGUGAAUACUAAAAUGGCUUUUAGAAAAGUAGUGUAGUAAAGUCUCUUUUCCUUUUUCCUAUUUUGUGCGUGUUAAGUUUGUUGUCUAGGAUAUUUAUUUGUACAUGUAGCAUAUCAUAGGCAGCAUAGUUACUUUAAAGGAACCGUUUGGAAGAUCCUUACCUCUUCACCGGGGUGGAGUGGAGGAGCGUUCUCCAAACGAAUAACGAGUAGAAGAGGAUUUAGGAAUUUGGAAAUGGGAAAAAAGAAGGCAAACAAAAGCAAGGGUGGAAAUUAUAUAUUAGUUUGGUGACGAAA